AUGGCGAAGUUGACCUCGUCUACAAGGCCUAGGAGGCCGUCGCUGGCGGUGAAGCACCAACAGUUGCUGACACCGUCGUCGACAACAAGUGGUGGACGAUUUCAGCAAGCUUAUAUGGCCAAGCUGCAGCAAGAAGAUGCACAACAUGAGCGCGCCAGCAUGAAUCCUCCGUUGUCAUCACAAGAUGCAAUGCGUAAGCCUUCACCUGCAGGUACACCGGAUUUCCUUGACGACGAUGACGACGAGAUACUGGAUUUGACUGGCAACGACACCGUCUUAUCAUCAGGCUCAGCUGCACUCGAUGACGAGGUUGCACUGUGGGCUGCAGAGUCUGCUUCUAGAACUGAGCUGCCGGAGAAACGUGGUCACAAGAGAAAGAGCACAGAGAUGAGCAAGGCAGGAGACUUGGGUUCGGAAUCUGACGAAUUCCCUGACAUCUACAAGACACUGGGUACACCUGCCCCACAGGGCAGUCGCUCAGCCAAGGGCCCGAAGACUAUCCCAUCAAGUAUUCGCCGGACGAACAUCGAGAGUGGCGUCUUCGAAGAACGAACCAUUACGCAGACAAUCAGCCGGACACAGCGUACCUACAAGAUGACCGACGAAGAUAACGGGAAUGGAACACCGGAUCGGAUUCCCAUGGCGCUAGGAGCCCCAAAGGUCCUGGGAAGAACUCCAAGCAAAGCUCUGCAAAUAUCGUCCAGUCCCGAAUCGAGCAGUAGAAUCAAACCCCUGAAUAUCCAAGCGAGCACGAACAAGCAACGCAUCAGACCUCGGGUUGUUCAAGACUCGGACGACGAAUAUGAUGAGGAUAUCGACGAGGAGCUCCUUGCUACGCCAAGCCGACAUAAGAGCACACAUCUGCCAGCCACCAACCCGAGGUCAAGACCGGCAUCUAUUCCUUUAGAUGAUGGCGAGCUGUCUGACGGACUUGUGGCUCCCGAUACCCCCUCCAGGCCCCAUCCAUCGGUAUUGCCAAUUGUAAGGCAUUGCACGCCAGUCGAUACGGAUCAUGUUCAAUCAUCGUCUCGACCAGAUUCGGGCAAGCCACUAUCCCAACCAAAUUGCUCGUCUCAGGGACAGAACUCGUCGUCCAUUCUCAAGUUCGUCUUGAGCAACUCGGACUCUUUGAAGGUCAAGGAGAAAAUGAUCCAAGAACAGCUCGAGCAGAACUCCAAAGAAUAUGGCAGAGCUUUGCUAGAGGGCAAUAGAGAAGACCGUGCUCGUCUAAAGAGUGCCAAGGAGUUACUGCUGAAGCAACAGGCUGGGUUGAAUGAGGUUUCCGAACUUCUCAAAUCUCAUGCGAAACUCGAGGGUGAGAGGGAAUCACUUGCCAUACAAAUUGCCGACGCCUACGACAAAGGCCGCGACACCGAAGAGGAUGAGAAUCGCUUAGAUGAGCUCGCAGACAAAGUUAAGGAUUUGGAGCAGUCCAUCGGCCCACUCCUUCCCGGCGUCGGUAUCGACGGCGAGUCCUUCGUCGAAGAGUACCGCCGAUCAAAGUCCAUCGUCAUGAGUACGCAGCCUAGCCACAAGGCCCCCUCUCGAGUAGAAAGGAAUGUGCAGUCGGUCAUGGAAAUGGACAAUCAAGUCAUCCAUCAGACACAGUUUCCUGGGUCCUCCAGGUUGACUGACCCCAGAGACUGCUCGCCACCGCCGUUUCCCCGAGGUAGGCUUCAGGUGCCCAAGAGUGCAAGGCCUCUUGCAUCAGAUGUCAAACCGCCCAGGCGGGAUGACUUUGAUGAUGACUUUUUCGACGAUAUUGAAGAUGACUUUGGCCCACUUCAUGCUCCCGUGCCACCUAUAUCCAGACAGGCGCCGAACCGCAAAAGCCCUCUCAAGAAGACACGACCUCGUGCCCAGGAUAUGUCGAGCGACUAUGGCGACGAUGCAGAUGCGGACAUGCUUGCACUCGCUCAAGACUUCGAGCUUCGCCAGUCUUCAUCUGCCGAUACCGCCAGAGGGAGGAGUGUGCUUAGUACGACCUCCGGCAAUGCUACUCAGUCUUCUAAAGCUGCCGAGCCCCUCAAGAAGAGGGAACCGGCUAAAGCAAAGCUGUCAAUCCCCCCAGAGCUGAUGAAGCAUCCGUGGUCUGCAGACGUACGGAAGGCUCUGAAAGACAGAUUCAGGAUGAGAGGCUUUCGCUCCAAUCAACUGGAGGCGAUCAACGCCACACUCGCUGGCAAGGAUGCAUUCGUGCUGAUGCCAACGGGUGGAGGAAAAUCACUGUGUUAUCAACUCCCAGCUAUUAUCAGCAGCGGGAAGACGAGGGGAAUAACUAUCGUUGUGUCCCCUCUGCUCAGUCUUAUGCAGGACCAGGUGGACCAUAUGUCGGCUCUCAACAUUCAAGCGGUCUCCCUCAAUGGCGAAACUAACGCCCAGAAGCGGAACCAAAUCUUUUCUUCGUUCAAAGAAAGGAGCCCGGAACUUUACAUUCAGCUCCUGUAUGUCACUCCAGAGAUGUUGAACAACAGCCAAAAUUUCAUGAGAGCCCUCACGAAUCUCUAUUCGAACAAGAGGCUGGCACGAAUUGUCAUCGAUGAGGCCCAUUGUGUAAGCCAAUGGGGCCACGAUUUCCGCCCAGACUACAAGGCGCUGGGCAAACUUCGUCACCAAUUCCCGACGGUUCCCAUUAUUGCACUUACGGCAACUGCGACUCAGAAUGUCAUCGUCGACAUCAAGCACAACCUGGGAAUGGACAGUUGCCAAGUCUUUUCGCAGAGCUUCAAUCGGCCCAACCUAACGUAUGAGGUUCGAAGGAAAGAGAAGGAACUCAUCCAUAAAAUCGCUGACCUGAUCAUGUCUAAGUACAACGGCCAGUGUGGAAUCAUCUACACUCUGUCGAGGAAGACCUCUGAGCAGGUGGCUGAAAAGCUACGUUCCCAAUACAACAUCAAAGCAAGUCAUUACCAUGCACAGAUGACACCGGAAGACAGAAUCAGAGUGCAGCGCGAAUGGCAAGCAGACAAGAUUCAUGUUGUUGUAGCAACCAUUGCUUUUGGCAUGGGCAUCGACAAGCCUGACGUCCGAUUUGUUAUCCACCACUCGGUCCCCAAGAGUCUGGAAGGCUACUACCAAGAAACAGGACGCGCUGGAAGAGACGGGAAUCCUUCUGACUGCAUCCUGUUCUUUGGAUACCAAGAUGUCGCCACCCUGAAAAAAAUGAUUGCAGAUGGCGAGGGCAGCGAGACACAGAAAGAACGGCAGAGGAUCAUGCUCAACAGGGUCACUGCUUUCUGCGAUAACCGUGAGAAUUGCCGUCGUGUAGAGAUUCUUCGUUACUUUGGGGAGGUUUUCAACGCCGAUGACUGCGAGAAGACGUGCGACAACUGCCGAGCAGGCGCUGUCUUCGAACAGCAAGACUUCUCUGAACUCGCCCAGGCGGCUAUUCAGACCAUCGAACUUCACGAUCGCCUGACUAUAAAUCAGUGCAGCGACAUUCUGAUGGGAAAGAAAUACCAAAGGACGAUUAAUCCACAUCCUGAUGAUCCCCAUGGCAUUGCCAAGGGGAUGAAGAAGCAUGAGAUUGAGCGCAUCCUCGACAGGCUCACGGCUGAAGAGGCCCUUGAAGAGGAGAACGUGGUGAACAAGAGGGCCGGCAUUGCGAUCCAGUACCUUAUUGUUGGUCGCAAUGCUCACUUGUUCCUCAACGGGCGCCGUAAGCUACUGUUAUCGGUCCAGGUCUCUGAUAGGGUUAGGGAAUCGUCGGCACCCAAACCGAAGAAGCGGGUCAAGAAGAGUAAGAGGGAUGACGAGCAGAAUUCCGAUGAAGAGUCGUUAAGACGGCUGCCACCUUCGACGAACGUAUCUUCGCCAGCCCAGGCUCGAAGAACCCAGGACAAGAGGAAGAAGGACAAGUCUCUAGCAACCAUCAUCGAUUCUGACGAGGAAGAUGAGAUGAUGCGACAGGAGGAACAGAACUUGCCCAUGCACGCAAACGGCUAUAUCAAGGAUGGUUUCGUCAUGUCCGACAAUGACUCUGACGACGGCUUCGAGCCCUUGCCCAAGGCCCAGAAGCGAGGAAAUGUUUCCAGGGAAGUCGGCCCUCGUAUCGAAGGGGAUAUACGUCUGGCCAGCCUUGAUGAACUGCACCAAGACGUCGUGCAUAAUUUUGUCGGGGAGGCUAAGCAGCUGGAGGAGUCUUUGCGGAACGCGCAGGGUCUCCGAAAACCCCUCUUUUCCGAGAAGAGUUUUCAAGAAAUGGCCAUUCGAUGGACAACGACCUUGCCUCAGAUGCGCCAAAUCGCGGGAAUCGAACCAGAGAAAGUGGACAAGUUCGGCAGCAAGUUUAUCCCUCUGAUCAAGCGCUUCCAUAGCAACUACAAGGCUAUGAUCAGCAUUGCAGACGAGGACGACAUGGACGAGGGCGAGCAGGACGUCGUCGACUUGAUCAGCUCCGACGAAGACGAAGACGAAGCCAUGGAAGACGACGAGGAAGAGGAAUGCUCGAAGUAUUUUAGCAACGGGCCGCCUCCCCUCGUGCCUGCCGUACAGGAGUGGAACGAGAGAAUGAAAGAAUUAGAGACGGCCCCUCCAUCCCGAGCCCCGUCGUCGAGCUCCACGCGGGGACGCGGUGUGGGCGGCCGGGGCGGCCGGAGGUCAGGCUCCCGUAAAGGUUCCAGCACAUGGGCGGGUUUCAAAAAGCAAGGAGGCGGCGUCACCAAAAGGAAGGCCGUCGGUGGGGCGAGGAGGAGCAGUGGUGGGACGACAGCCGCAGGCUCGAAGAACGGAUCUGUGACGAGUUUCCUCACCAAGGGCGGAAAGAGAGGCGGUAGGGGAGGUGGCGGCAUCGGGCUGAUGCCUCACUGA